AUUUCAAAUUUUAGGUUUCUUUUAAACAACCCUGUUGAGGGCCUACACGGCACUGCUGCCCUUAUGAUGUGCACACUGUUAACUGGUGGAAACCUCAUGUGGACUGGACUUUUAGCAUCUGUAUUAUUUUUGGUUUUGAUUGCUGUCGAAAGAUAUCAUGCCGUACUACAUCCUCUACAUCAUCAGAGUGGAUUUGUUGUCACAAAACUGAAAUCCAUUGUAACAGUAUUGUGGAUCUAUGCUUUCGUCUGGCAAAUUCCAGCGUUUGCAUUCUUUCGUUAUAGCAAUGAAGCCAAACAAUGUGUCCCAGCUUGGCCACAUACUUUUGGUUACGUCAGAUCUGUUUGGUGGGUCAUCUCAACUACAGUUAUUCCUGUAAUUAUGAUGGGAUAUCUUUAUGCGCAGAUUGUGCUCAGAAUAUGGAAAACUAACUCUCCCGGAGUAGUAGGAAACGGAAAAGUAAGGUAAAUUGAACUCAUGGUCAUUUGUUUGAUUCAAACAUUGGUUAGUGGAAUUCUACUAGCAAAGGUAUCUUACUACCAAUAUAAUGAGGGACAAAUAAACUAGCAUAACAGCGGACUAUUCAAGGGGCAGGGGCUGGAGAAAAGAAAACGCUCUUCUUUUUCGUCCCCCAACCGCGUCCAUCAGAACUUGGUCGAAAGCUAGGGUGUAAUGAGCAAGGCAAACACCCAUUCAAAUUUGUUAACCAUAUUAUUGAUAGAAGCGAGACAUCAAUGAGAGGAAAUUAUAAUUGAUGGGUAAUCACUGUCACUACUCGUGGAAUAUGGAAAAAGUUUCUUGAGCGUUUUGUCAAUAAUUCUUAUCAAUUUUCGGCGCCUUUUCACUUGUCACCAUUUGAUUGGUGAUUGGCUGAGGUACUUGAGUAGAAAAAAUCGUUCUUUGCCUAAAUGACAAUUUUGCCCCAAAAGCGCUAGCCGUUGAAAGUCCCAGCCUCACUGAUCCUCUCUCUUACUCUCCUUCUAAUACGCUGGUUCGAGAAAAAUAUGCAAGAAAAAGAAUAAGGUAAUAACCUUUUAACAAAGCAAAAUGACGGAUUACUUAAGGUUACAGAGGAAUUGUUGAAAAAAAUGAAUAAGAAACAAAUGCUGUAGGGCUAAAAAGAACUGCGAUCGUCCUAAAAUCGGAGCAUUGUAGUGUAAGCAAAAAUUGCUAAUAUACUUCUGGGUGCGAGGCUCACGUAAUGACGUUUGUUAGGUUGUGCACCUCUUUGGGUGCAUUAUUUUGCGACCAAUCCGCCUCCCGAGAGGUUUUUCGUCCCUCAUGGCGGCAGUUAUUUACUAUCCUCACUGGAUCAAAGACGAAAACGAUUCUAUGCGAGAUCACUUAUUUCAAUCUCGCUCGCUAGCUGAAUCACGACACGCUAAUUUGGCACUCAUUGUAGCUGGUGAUUUCAAUUGCCUUGACAUCAUACAUCUCAAGAAACAUUUUCGUCUCAUACAGAUUGUUAAAAAGCCUACUGGGAAGAAUGCCAUAAUCGAUCCAGUUUUUACGAACUUGCCCCAAUAUUACGACGAGCCGCGUUCAUUUCCGCCCUCCGGCCUCUCAGAUCACAACACAGUUACAGCAGAAGCUAGAGUGACAGAAAAGUGGUCAAAACCCCACAAAGUUAAUGCUUAAGCGCAACAGGCGCGCAAGUCGCAAAGCAGAGUUGAGGAGGCAUCUGAGUGUUAUGAAUUGGCCUACGCUGUUUUCCUCUCUUGACUGCUGUAAAGAUAUGCCAUAGGUUUUCCACAAAGCACUUCGCACAGAACUCGACUGCUCAUGAACGUUAAGAAGGUGCGUGAUUUGCAUUUUUCAAGCCGUUUGUCAAUUUUUUUGUGAAUAUUUAAUUAUCUUAGCGCAACGCGGCAAAAAUAGAUCAGGUGACUAGUUAUUUAAAAACCUAGAAGUUCGUUACGCAACUUACAUUUCAAAAGUGUCAGGGGCACCCAACGACAAUUUUCGGAAAAAUAUCUGUUCGGAAGACGAUUUGAGAUCUAGAAUUUUCGGAACAUUUGUUGUAAAAUUUCUUGCUUGCCUGCCUCUCCUAGGAUUUUUGGACAUCUAAAAAGUGGUAUAAUUGCCUAUUUUCAACGGAUUUUUACCCUAAAAAGGUCACCUAGAAUUUUCGGGAGCCUUUUAUCUGGCUAAAAUUUUCGAAAAGGUAAGUUUUGUUCCCUAUAAUUUUCGGAUAUCUUGACUUUCAGCUAGGAAAUCCGAACAGAUGAAAAAUUUUUAGGGGAUAAAAAUAUGCCUAUAUCUACCGUUUAAAUACUAAAAUACGUUUAACAAUGCUAUGUUUAAGUGGUUUUGAACUAUAUUCUCGUUGGGUGCCCCUGAAGUGUCACCACAGAUCGCACUUCGAAGCUUACUAGUCGCAUAUGGAACACAAAUUGUAAGUAUAAUAUUUUCCCGUCGCUUCAACCGAAAUCGACAUGUGUAAUAACCUUCUUUGUCAUAUUAAUUUAAUUUUUCAGUUGACUAUACUACUACAAGUGCA